AUGCUUCGUUCUAUGAUAGUAUUAUUCUAUCAUAUAUGGAUAUUUAUGAAAUUGUUAUACAUAACUACUUCAUAUCAUUUAUCAGAUAUUGAUAAUGAUCAUAUUGAAUUAACACAAUUAAUAAGUAAUGAUAAUCAAAUACGUAUUCGAUGCGAUGCUAAAAGUCGUAAUACAGUUGAAAGUUUAAUACUUUUAAGUUGUCCACUUAGUAAAACUGGUGUAUGUCGAGAAAAUUGUAUCAAUCCAUGUCCAGUAAAUGAAACAUCAACAAUUUGUAAUGAUGCAGUAACAUUGGCUAUUCCUAAAUGCAUUUAUCGAUCUAUGUCAAAUGAUCAUAUACAAAUUGAAUAUUUAAUACAUUUAAAUGCUAUUAAUGAGAAAGGACAAUGGUGGUGUACAUUUCGUGGGAAACGAUCUAAUUCUAUUGAAUUAGAUUCAUAUCAUAUUCAACAAAAAUUAACCACUACAACUAUGAAAACAGUGAACAAAUAUGAUACAGUUAUAGAUAUUACAACUCCAAUAGAUAUUUCACCUAAUCUGAUACAACUAAUUAUUGGACUUGUUGGUGUUUCAAUUGCUUUCAAUAUAUUCUUUUUUGUACGAUGUUUUACUGUGAAAAAUUAUUUGAAAAAUCUUCAUAUCGGUCAUUCAAGAAAUAAUUGUCUUGAUCAACUACUCUGUAUAGAUCAACCAAGAAAAUUAUCACCAAAAACAAGACUAAAUUAUAUUCAACAUGUUAGUCCAUCGGAAACGCCAAAACUCACAGUGAAAUUAUCUACCACAGUAACUACAACAAUCUCAACUACAAAUGAACAAUGGACUGAACCAAUUAACCUAAUGACAAUGAUACAUAAUAAUCAUUCACCAUUUUAUCCAAUGCAUAAUUCAUUCAUUAAUCCUAAUCCUAAUCCUAAUAAUAAUGGUUCAUCAAUGGAAUUUAUUUACGAUGAAGUUCAUAAUUCAAUUUAUACAACAACCAAUAGUCAACCAAGUGAUCAUGAGAAAAGAAAAGAAACUACAAAGUUUCAGAAAUUUCCUAAUAAUACAGUUCGAACUGUAUAUGAUAUUGGUGAUUGGCUUGUAGAUAAAUCUGGUCAAAUUUAUAUUCCAUAUGCACAAAUUACACCAAAACCUCAAAGAAUUAUAUUAAAUAAUUUUGAUUAUUCAACAUUAAGAAAAAAUGAUUUUUUUAAAAAUUCUCCCUUAUUAAAUACAAUUAUAAAUAAUCAACAACAACAACAACAGCAACAACAUCAACAAGAACGGCAACAACAACAUCAACAGGAACAACAACAGCAACACAAACAAGAACAGCAACAGAACCACCAACAAGAACAGAAACAGCAACAACAACAACCAUAUUCAUCAACAAUUCCAAUACAAACCGGAGAUCCAGAUUCGAUCAAUAAUAAUAAUAAUAAUAAUCCGAUGAUCAGUUCUACUCUUAGUUUACCAUUGGUUCCAGUUAAUAUCACAAAAGAUGUAUCAUUCACUAAUGAACAAUUAUUUAUUCAAAAUAUUCCAAUUGAAGUCAAUGAAUUAGAUAAUGUUAUUGAACAAAAUGCUAAUUUAUCAAUCAAUAAAAACAAUAAACAAUCAAUCAACCAAAGUGAUUUAUUCAAGCAACAAAUAUCAGAUCCAUUAAAUACUCAUCAAAAUAUUGAUCGAAAAUUCAUGACUAAUAAUAUCAAUACAACAAUUGAAUGGAAACCUUCAAUUAAGUUACUUUCACAUAAAACUACUAAACAAUUGAAUGGAAAUUCUACACAUAAAUUAAAUGAAAGUCAUAAGAUUGCUGAUUUAGAGGAUUGGUCUAUGAUAGAUCAAGAUUAA